AUGGAUGAAGAGAAUAUGGAAUAUGAAAACAAGAUAUUGGUGAAGCAGUCACCCAUGCUUGUGGUGUAUGACAAUGAGGUCAACCUUAGCUGCAAGUACACCUACAACCUUUUCUCAAAGGAGUUCCGGGCAUCCCUGUACAAGGGUGUGGAUAGCGCUGUGGAAGUCUGUGUCGUGAAUGGGAAUUUCUCCCAUCCACUUCAGUUUCACUCAAAUACAGGGUUCAACUGUGAUGGGAAUUUGGACAACGAAACAGUGACUUUCUACCUCCGGAAUUUGUUCGUUAACCAAACAGAUAUUUACUUCUGCAAAAUUGAGGUCAUGUAUCCUCCUCCUUACCUAGAUGAGAAGAGCAAUGGAACCAUUAUCCAUGUGAUAGAGAGGCACCAUCCGCAUCCUUGUGUUCGCCUGUGUCCUGAAUCUAAGCCCUUUUGGACAGUGGUAGUGGUUGGAGGAGUCGUGGCUUUCUAUAGUGUGGUAGUAACAAUGGCCUUUUAUUUGUAUUGGAUAAAGAGCAAAAGGACCAGGCUCCUUCAGAGUGACUACAUGAACAUGACUCCCCGGAGGCUUGGGCCCACCCGCAGGCACUACCAGCCCUACGCCCCAGCAAGAGACUUUGCCGCCUACCGCUCCUGACAUGGACGCCUAUCCAGAAGCCAGCUGGCUGGCACCCCUCCAUCUGCUCAACACCACUGCUCUGGAUAGGAAAUGACUGCCUCCUCUGUAGCCAGCCACUAUGGGCCCCUGUUGGACAUGAAAGCCGAUUUUUCCUGAGCCCCUAGACCAAGUAUCAAGAAUCAUUUUGAGACUUUGAAAUGAAGUUAAAGAAAUUUCCUGUGGCAGGCUAAAUUUUGCAGUGCCAUGACCUAAAUUCACAUUUAUCAUAUAUUUAUUGACUUGGUUGAGAAGUUAGAGUAGAAAACAAAAAGUGAGUGGAUUCUGUUAGUCUUUUAAUCUGCUUCCAGGCUGCUGGCUGAGCUUCGUUCCUUUCUCUCACCUGUAUAUCUCAGUCAAGCAGUGUAUGAUAUCUAGGAUACUUUCCACAGAAAUCAUUCCCUUUUGUUAAAUGUGUGUUUAUGGUAGGGAUAGAUUAGAAUGAGGGAGAGGGUAAGGAUACUUAAAUAUUUUAAAACCAUUAAAACACUGUUUCCCACUUAUGCAAUGAGCCACUUCUUUCCCAUUUAAUGCUGUUUUUCUCUCAGUUUAGGGAGAUGUAGACAUUGUCUUUGAAGAAUUCUGGACAUAUUUAAUAAUUUUUGACCAAUGGAAUUCCCUCAAAGCAAUGCUAAGCAAACCAACUUGCUUUCUUCACUUCUUCUGAUGGGAAUUCAGUGUUAAUGCUCACAGCAUGAUUUCAAAAGGAUGAAAUAGUCCUCCCACAUCAUGGAGAAUGUGUCAGGAAAUGAUUGCUUUGUAUUAAAAAUAGUUGUGUACUAUGAAACUCAUCCCAGUCAAACUAUACCAGUUUCAACUUUGCAUAGCUGGUCUCUUUAUUGUCUGUGUGGAGAUCUGAGGCAGGAUGGUGACAGAGCAUCCCCAGGAGAUAGAUGCAGUGAUACUGUGGAAAGGGGAUGUUAUCAUUUAUUCAUUCAUGAGUUCCAAGAAGCUUUUUCUGAAGAGAAGAGAAUGGAAGAAAGUGAGACAAUUCUUGCUAUGUGCUAAGCAGUGGCUGGCAUUGGGUGGAAGUUUUCCGGAAGGCAUCAGAAAGAGGAUCCCUGGAGAGAAGUCCUUCACAGGGACUUUAUGUGCUCUGGGAUUCAGAGUUACAGAACUCUGUGGGCUUAGCUGCUCAUAUGCUCUUGAGGUCCAUCAACAUGGAAGGGUAUUUUGGAGUGUGUUUUUGGAGACAAUUUACAGUUCUUAAGAGGUUCUUCAAGGCUCAACUCUGGAAUGACCAUAGAUAUUUCCCUGCCUCCAAUUUGGGUCAGAUGGAAUAAGCCUGGGAACCUUGGAAAAUGUCUCUUCUGUAACCUUUACCAUCUAUUCAGUACUUUGGUUUAUCUGGGCAUUAGAAGAGCCUGGGCUUUAGAGGCAGAUAACCCUGGUUCAAAUCCCAUUACUAAUUGAAUGGCCUCAGGCAAGUCACUGCUUAUCCAAGACUGGUUUUUCAACUCAAAACUGGAGAUUAUGAUCACAAAUGUCUGUUACUUCUAUAAUCUCCAUGAGGGUAUGACUAUGUCUGUCUUUUCAUUACUUGUCCUUGACAUUUAGUACCAUGCCAAAACAUAUGAUGUUAACUCAUAUAUAUAUAUAUAUAUAAAUUUAACUGGACAGUGACCUAAGAAGGGAAGGAAAUUAUGACACAAAUUUAAACUAAAAGUUACGAGGAGCUAUAAAAAAUAAGAACCUUUUAAUUUCCAUCAAUCUCCUGUUUCUUAGACUAUUUUAUCUUGUGAAGAAACAGGGCAUCCCUACUCUACUCUUUUUGUAUAUAAGAGGGUUUUAAGAUUUUUUUUAAAAUGUGGGAGAGUAGGAAACAGGGAGGAAUCUUUUUGUUCCAGACAAGAAAUAUUAUACUCUGGUUGAUUUUUAAAUGGACUUCCAUUCCAUGAAUUUAAUUAAUUCAAAGAAGGUAAAACUCAGAAAUACUUGGAUGACAAAGGACUGUUGAGUACAGACUUGCAUUUGUGAUGGUGGCCAGCCUCUUGGCACAUAGAGUUCUUCAAUCCAAGUCAUCAGAUUGUGUUGAAAAUGAUAGAGCUGGGAAGUUUUAGAAAGGGCUGAGACAAAUAAAUAAUUUUUAAAUGGAAAAAUUUGAUCUUUGGUAAUAAAAGGUUUUGUUUUCUAACUGGAAAAGUAGGUUUGCCAAAGAUGAAUCACACUUGAUAUUUUUCUUACUCACUUUGAACAGAACCAAAGUAGAAAUGUAUACAAGAAAGCCCAUUUUCACUUUUAAUGUGAACCAAGAAAUGAUUUAAAAAUAGUAGUUGAAUGCUUUUACAUUUCCAGGUAUGGUAAUUAUAAAGAAAACAAUGUCAUUUGCUGCUAUUAUUGUAAGAGUCUUAUAAUUAAUGGUAUUCCUGGAAUUGUGAACUUACAUUUUUGAGGCUGAGUAUGCCAAUUUAAAGAAGCCAAAUGUACAUUACAUUCUGUGUACUGAGUGAU